AUUUCCGACACGUCUGUAUUUUUGGACCUGGAUUUACCGACCGCGCCGCUACCAUGCCCUGGGCAGCGUCCGCAGAGACCCACGCCCAUCCACUGCUCAUGCCAGCCGACUGCACGACCCGGGGCUUGGGGCUCGAGCCAAGUAGACCGCGGAGAUGGCACGGCGAAAGACUAUCACCUGCCUGACGUCACAGCCCGUAGCCACCCAGGAGCCUCGCUCACCACAAGCACGGCCCUCAUACAAAACCGUCUCCCGUUCUUCGCCCUGCGCUACUUUCCCCGCUUGCCCUCUCCCCCGAUACCAUGGAAAACUUUGUUUUGGGCAGAGGACGAAAGCUGUUUGCUCAGCAUCUGAAGGAUUACGAGCCCCAGGAUCCGCUGUACGAGACAUACACAGACAGCCGGGGUCGUCAGAAGAGGCGAAAGAGAGACCUCCCGCCCGGCUUGACACCUCGUGAUGCUCAGAUCCUGAAGUCGGUCAACCGACGCGCUCACUACCUCGACAAGGGCUUUCGCAUCUUGGGUAUGCGUUUCGGGUGGACGUUCGUAGUCGGCAUCAUUCCUGGAGCGGGAGACGUCGCAGACGUUUGUCUUAAUUACUUCCUCGUCGUGCGCAAGGCAAAGCAAGCAGGGAUACCCGACCACAUAUACCACCGAAUGCUUGCCAACAACCUCAUCUCCGCGACCGUCGGCUUCAUCCCACUCGUCGGCGACGUCUUCCUCGCGAUCUACAAAGCCAACUCGCGCAACGCAGCUCUCCUCGAGGCCUUCCUGCGCGAGCGCGCGGAGCAGCUGCAGAAGGAGAUUGAGGAGGCCCAGCGGGCCGCCGCGCAAAUGUCCGUCGUGCCAGGAGGCCCCGCGGAACAACGCCCCACGCAGAAGAAGGAGAGCAGCCGGUGGUUCAGUAGGAGGGGGAAGAGCGCGAAUAUAGCGUCGGCUGCGAAACCGCCUGCGCAUAGGCCGAGCGGCUCUGGGGAUAGCAGGUUCGUGGAGGCUGUCUCAUCGUGAACAGAUGAAAACCUCUCUAUGGCGACCUUGAGCGACUCAGCGACCGAGCAGCGGAGAUAUACGACAAGACACGUAUCACCUUGACUUCCGAUUUUGCUUUCAUAUGUUAGGACAAUGUUAUACCAUACGAUCAACUUCCGCUAAUGUGCAUUCAUUCAAUACCUGGGUCCAUCGCCUGUUAUGGCUUCCCUGCGUGAUAGGCCACUGAUUUACGCCCUGACCGACAGCGUCAUAGUAAGGGACAAGAAUAG